GCUUGGGGUGUAUUUUGAAGAUGCACUUUAUAAGGAAAGCGUGAAUCAACGUCGAUUCAUAUUAUUAUAUAUUUUUGUUGAUAAUUUGAGAUAAUUAAUACAUUAUACUGAUUUUGAUUAUUGUUCUCGGGAGGCACGGCAUUUAGAGAAUGCGUUUACCUUAUUUGACAGCCAGUUCAAUGCCAACAGGGUUUAUGGUUGAUGAAUGACAUUCACACAGAGCAGUCGACAUUGCCCUGUCCAUGUCAAGACUGUCUACAAUAUUUUCACUGGAAUACGUUUGUAAGCCCGAAGCAGGUUGAAGAUGCGACUUCGGAAUGUCCUGGGAAUAGGCAUUGGGACGUUCAGUGUCCUGGUUGGGGGGGGUAAAGGUCUACUGAAGAAUGGACCACAGACGUGCAGGUGGAGACUACAAGGAAGAAGACAGUACAGCUUUUUGCCAGAUGAUGUCAAAUCCCCACGAGCUGUCGUCAAUCCAGAUAUAUCGAAAAUCCGGAACAUUGGCAUCAUGGCACACAUAGAUGCAGGGAAGACCACCACCACAGAGAGAAUGCUGUAUUACUCUGGAUACACCAGGGCUUUGGGAGAUGUUGAUGACGGGGACACUGUGACAGACUUCAUGGUUCAGGAGAGGGAGCGGGGAAUCACCAUACAGUCUGCUGCAGUCACCUUCGACUGGAAAAAGCACAGGAUCAACCUCAUAGAUACGCCAGGACAUGUUGACUUUACUCUGGAGGUGGAGCGAGCCCUGCGUGUGUUGGACGGGGCGGUGGCAGUGUUUGAUGCGUCUGCUGGCGUUGAGGCUCAGACUCUGACAGUGUGGCGGCAGGCUGAGAAACAUCAUGUACCCUGUAUCUGUUUCCUGAACAAGAUGGACAAGCCUGGGGCCAGUUUACACUUUUCCAUUGAGAGCAUAAAGAAGAAACUGAAAGCCAAUCCUGUGCUCCUCCAGAUUCCAAUUGGCAGCGGGAAGAGCUUCACAGGAUUGAUUGACUUGAUUACCAACCAGCAAAUGACGUGGCGGGUGAAAUCCAGAGCAGAGGAUGGCCGUGUCUUUGAGACCAAAUCUCUCAGCCAAUCAGAUGACCCGGAACUUCUUCAGGACGCUAUGGAGGCCAGAGCAGCUCUGAUAGAACAGGUUGCUGAUCUGGAUGAUGAGUUUGCGGAGCUGUUACUUGGAGUUUACGGUGAAAAUUUUGAUGCGGUACCUCCUGCCAAACUCCAGGAGGCAGUGCGGAGGGUGACUCUGGCACGUAAAGGAGUCCCUGUGCUCUGUGGGAGCUCUCUGAGGAACAAAGGUGUUCAGCCUCUCCUGGACGCCAUCACAGCCUACCUCCCUGCCCCAAACGAGAGGCACCACGACCUAGUGCGUUGGUACCAGGAUGACCUGUGUGCCCUGGCCUUCAAGGUGGUGCAUGACAAGCAGCGAGGUCCUCUGGUGUUUGUGAGGAUCUACUCUGGGACCAUGAAGCCCCAGUCUGCUGUCCUCAACAUCAACAGGAACAACACAGAGAGGAUGAGUCGGCUGCUGCUGCCAUUUGCUGACCAGCAUGUGGAGAUACCUUCUCUGACUGCAGGAAACAUUGCACUCUGUGUGGGCCUCAAGCAGACAGUGACAGGGGACACUAUUGUGUCCUCCAAGGCCUCGGCAGUGGCUGCGGUCCGGCGGGCCCAGAACGAGAAGGAGGGGGAGAGGAAGAGGGGUGGAGAGCAGGCUAGUCUGGUGCUGGCUGGAGUGGAGGUCCCUGAGCCUGUCUUCUUCUGCUCCAUAGAACCCCCCACUAUGUCUAGACAGGCAGAGCUGGAGAAUGCCCUGACCUGCCUCCAGAGAGAAGACCCUAGCCUGAAGGUCAGGGUAGAUUCAGACUCUGGACAGACCAUUCUGUGUGGAAUGGGAGAGCUGCACAUUGAGAUCCUCCAUGAUCGGAUCAGGAGAGAGUACGGCAUCGAGACCCACCUGGGACCUCUACAGGUGGCCUACAGGGAGACCAUCCUCCAAUCAAUGGCCACCACAGACACGCUGGACCGUACAGUUGGGGAGAGGAGACACAUGGUGACUGUGAGUGUGGCGGUCUGCCCCAUCAUGGACUCCUCCUCCUCCUCGCUCACUUCCUGUGAAAUCACCUACGAUGAGGAAGUGGAGGAGCAGCUGUCCCCUGAUGUCAGGGACGCCGUGGAGAACGGCGUAAACAGCUCUUAUCUCCAAGGUCCGUUGCUUGGUUACCCGGUCCAGGGCGUGUCCACUAUGAUCCAGAGUGUGAGCAUGGAGCCGGGGACGUCUCUAGCUAUGUUGUCUGCCUGCGUGUCCCGCUGUAUGCUCAAGGCUCUGAGGCAGGCGGGGGGGCAGGUGCUGGAGCCUGUGAUGUCACUGGAGGUGACGGUGGGGGAGGAGCACCUGAGCUCUGUGCUGGGUGACCUGGCUCAGAGACGAGGGGCCAUCCGGGACAUCCAGAGUCGCCAUGACAGCAAGGUGCUGCUUGCCACCGCACCCCUGGCUGAGAUGAUGGGCUACUCCACCGCCCUGCGAACUCUGACCUCUGGCAACGCCACCUUCUCCCUCCAGCUGGACAUCUAUGAGGCCAUGAACCCCCAACACCAGAAUGCCCUGCUCAACAAGAUGGCUGGCCUCGCCUGAUGACAUCACGCAGAGAUGGAAGAGUAAUUCUGCGAAAUGUAAGCCAGCAGGAAUGUCCAUUUACAGUGCCUUCAGAAAGUAUACAUGUUGUUGUGCUGGACUGAAUUCAAAAUGGAUUAAAUAUAUUUUUUCUCUCACCCAUCUACAUACAAUACACCAUAAUAACAAAGUGAAAACAUGUUUUUAGAAAUUUCAGCUAAUUUAUUGACAAUUAAAUACAGGAAUACCAGGAGUACCUUUGGCAGCGUUUACAGCUGUGAGUCUCUUAAGAGCUUUCCACAGCUGGAUUGUGCAACAUUUGCUCAUUAUUCUUUUCAAAAUUAUUCAAGCUCUGUCAAAUUGGUUGUUCAUC